GAUGGUUAUCGAUCGGGUACAGAACCAGACAGACGAUGUGAAUUCUUCAACUGCUCACGGCUCACCCAGAAACAAGUGACGAGUCGCGACAAGCAAUUCCUUUUACAAAUUGUUUACCCAAAAAUAAAAAUAUUUUACAAAUUUCAACAUAUUACCCGCCUUAACAUAUUCUGCUUGCCUAUACAGGCCUCUCUGAUCUUCCAACCUGUUGGUUAGCCUUCAAUUGCAGAAUAAAUCUCCCUUGGCUCUCUAGCCUAGGGUUUUGCCGUUCGAGAUGAAGAUAAAUCGCAAACGCAAAAGAUCAGAUUCAACUACAAAGUUGGUUUUAGAACAAAUUAUCGGCUUGACAACGAAGAAUUGCAACGCACUGGCCUCAAACAUCCACAGAGGAGACUGCAUUUACUUGGCAGGAUGCAUUGUUGUGGUUUACAAUGUAGAGUCAGGCACACAAUGGCAUCUCACAGUGACUUCUCGAAUGCCUAAACCUUUGAGCUGUGUGGCUGUCUCACAGAAUGGAUGCUUCAUUGCAGCCGGUGAGUCAGGGAAUCAACCAGCGGUGGUAGUGUGGGAAUACUCCUCUCGGGCUUUCAUUUUUGAACUGAAGGGUCAUCAACAUGGGGUGUCAUGUAUUGCUUUCUCACAUGAUGGAAAGCAUCUGGUGUCUGUUGGAUCUGUUCAUGAUGGAUACCUUUGCCUUUGGGAUUGGCGGAAUGGGAGGCUGGUAACAAAGCUUAAAGCAAGUUCAUCUUUGUCCUCCAUUGCAUCUAUUGGCUUCUCUCAAAAUGCAAACUGUUUUGUAACAGUUGGGAAAAGACACUUGAAGUUAUGGACAAUAAGAUCAUCUAUGAAGUCUAGCUCAAAUAUUGGUAAAGGCUUGUUAACAAUUGGUGGAAAACCUGCUAAUCUUGGUUGUCAGAAAGGCAAUUCAUUUAUUUCUGUUGCAUUCACCCAUUGGGCUGGUAAUAGCUUGAUAGAUGACCAGUCUGCCAAAUUUUGUCAUAUUUAUGCAUUGACAGAUGCAGGUGUUUUAUGUCUUUUACAUUCUGGAUUUUCAAUAAGGAAGUGCAUUGAUUUAAAGGUUCAGAAAAGUUUUGCACUCUCUGUAUCCAGUGAGCUUAUUGCUUGUGCGUGCAGCAAUGGAAUUGUGCAACUGUUCACAGUUGGUACUCUCAACUAUGCUGGAACUCUGCAAUAUUCUGAAGCCAAAAAACAUCAUGAAACAUCAAAAUUAGGCUGUGGUACAAAGUCCUCUGAGAAGGAUUCUCAGCUCCCUGAUGCAAUAGCUUGUCAAUUCUCAACUUCCAGAAAGCUUGUUGUUGUUUAUGGAGAUCACAGCCUCUAUAUAUGGGAAAUAGACGAUGUGAACAAGGUUAGUAAGUGUGACGUGGUUGUAUCACAUAGUUCCUGCAUAUGGGAUAUUAAGAACCUCUCUUCCGAAAGCAUGUAUUCUACUCUUGCAUAUGCUGGUAGGAGUUGUGCUGGUGGAGUAUCUUUUGCAACGUGCUCUACAGAUGGUACUAUUAGGUUUUGGGACCUUGCUUUCCAAAUCAGUUCAGUGAACAAUGAUGGAAAGGAAAGAUUUGCCAUGAACCAACAAAUUGGUAGUAGUUCUUCAACAACUGAGCAAGUCAGUGCUAUACAUCUAGCAAGCACUGCAGUUUUUGAACUGGAUGCCAUGGAGCCAGGUAUUGGCACUCAGGGGAUUCGGUCGAUGGCAGUUAGUUCAGAUGGAAAGUAUUUGGCUGCUGGUGAUUUCUUGGGGAACCUCCAUGUUUAUAACCUACAUACUUCUGAUUAUACAUGCUUUCAGGAGGCCCAUAGUGCAGAGAUCCUCUCAUUGAACUUCAGCUUCCCAAGAAGGCAUAGUGUUAAUUCUGAACAAGAACAUCAUGAAUUCUACUACUUACUUGCUUCAGGAGGAAGAGAUCAAAUAAUAAACCUCUACGAUGUCAACAGGGGUUUUAAAGUUAUUGCAAGUCUCGAUGACCAUUCAGCUGCUGUGACUUCUGUAAAACUUGCAUGCAAUGGUCAUAUGAUUCUCAGUUGUAGUGCUGAUCGGUCUCUUGUAUUUCAUGAUGUGGCUAUAACAGAUGAUGGUUGUAAGGUUUCACUUUGUCAUCAUCAAAUUGCAUCUCAUGGCACAGUUUAUGAUAUGGCUAUAGAUCCUGCAGUGGAGGUUGCUGUCACCGUUGGCCAGGACAAGAAGAUAAAAACAUUCAAUAUUGCUGCUGGAAGGCUUAUUAAAAUGUUUAAGCACGAAGAGAACUUCGGAGAACCAAUAAAGGUUACCAUAGAUCCAAGCAGCAGCUACAUGGUUUGCUCAUACUCAAAUAAAUCUAUUUGCAUUUAUGACAUUACACAUGGAGAGUUAGUAGCAAAAGCAGUAGGGCAUGGUGAAGUUAUAACUGGUGUUAUUUUCUUGCCUGACUUCAAGCAUAUUAUUUCAGUAGGUGGUGAUGGCUGCAUUUUCAUUUGGAAACUACCUGCUCCUUUGUCAUCAAGAAUGCUUCAAAGAAUGAAGGAACAUUCUGGUUCUUCUAUAGACAUGGUUCAAAUGUUACCUUCAGUUGAAUGUGUAUCACAUGAAGAGGUUCUUCAUCCAUGCAAUAUCAAUUCUAAAGAAAUCUCCAUGCUGGAUUUCAGCCAAGAUGAUCAAAGAAUGGUCCAAGAAGGGGGCUUGGAAAUUUCACCAUUUAAAUUCAGCAUUUCAAGACUUCCAAAGUGGGCACAAGCCAAAAUGCACCAUUACCAGAAAGCAGAACCAGAAUCAAUCUCAUCCUCAGUAGCUGGUAAUGGUGGCACAUCUACUCCGAUGUGUCCUAAGGUUCACCCACCAUGUAAAAAUGAUUUGGGAGGCAGUGAUCUCACGCCCAAGGAUUCAUUUGGUAUAGAAGCUAGUUCAAGUUCUUCAGUGCCUCAAGAAAUUCCAAGACACUUGGACAAUCGCUGGCUCACCAUUCAUACUGUCUGUCUUGAUAUGCUUGAAUCUCCAGAAGAAAGAGAUUUCAAGGAAGUGAUAAUGCCUAUCUCCAGUCAAAUAUUGUCACGUGACUCUGCUAUGGAGGGACUAUCCAACAUUGACAGCAUGGGGGCCACAUCAGGUGAUCCAACUAUAAUGGACCACCUCUCCGUGGAGCCUUACUGUUCUGGUAACCAGGUUGUGAGUGAUGGCCGUGGUCACACUUCAAGUGUACAGGCAUCAAGUUCUGUUGACACUGAGUGCAAGAAUGAAGACCAACGCAGACUCAAUGCAAAAACAUAUUAUGAACUAGCUCCUAGUGAAGUACAGCUUAAAUCAUGUGCGGGAGAAAGCAUGUUUCAGACAUCUAUGAGCAAGGCAGAAAAAGAGGAAAAUGGCAUGUGUCAAGAUGACCUCUACAGCCAGCACUAUUGCAAUUUAUCAACAGCAGUGAAGGAUGCAAAGGACUCGACAGGAAGCUUGGUGAGCACCAACGACACUUCCCAGCAAAGUGAAAUAACUAAUUGCCUUACAUCAGAUAACCUUUCGAACAUGGAAGGUAUAAAAGGAAAACAAAAGGAGGGAGUUAUCAUAGAAAGAAGUGAGAUACAGGAAAAAAUCACCGAGUGCAAGGAAGCAUUACUUAGGUUAGAUGCUGCAGCAGACUCUGCACUUCAGUUAUUUGAUGAGUUGGGGAUCUUUGUCUCUAGAGAAGAUGCAUCGUUUGGCUGUAGGGCUUACUUAUAUGAUCAAGCAGUGGGUCUCCUACCAUCAAUAAAAGAGAAAGUUAAUGCUCUUGCUGAUUUGAUGCAGUCUGCCAAGAGGAAUUCAUGUUUAGACACUAGGGUGGAAACUUCCAGUUCGACAUUUGAACCUCUGUUAGGAAAAUUUGCAGAAAGUCUUUCACAUCAGGUCCUUGAAUUGGUGAGGAAGAAUCUCUAAUAAUCACUAGAAAGUCUAGAAUGCCUUUGGGUAACUUCAUCUCAGAUUCUUGCAUCAAAGGUUCAUUUUCAGAUCUUUGGUAAAUGGUAACACCUCUCAAUAUCGUGGAUUUCUUCAAACAUAAUAUGCUUCUCCUAAAAAUCUCAAGGGAAGAUAAUGUGGAGGUAUACGAGGGCUGCCAUCCUUUUGGAGCAUUUUGAUGCUAAAACUUUUGACAUAAUAAAAGGUGAACAUCGUUAUUGGUGUUACAUCAGGAGGAAUGCCACAUGGGAUUUCUAUGAGAUAAGUCCCCAUAUGGUUGUUAAGGCGUUGCGUAAGUGAUGCCAUGAGAUUGUCCAUAAGGCGUUAAGGUGUUGGUGUUACAUCAGGAGGUGCAUCAACAUUUUAUCCCCCAUUUCUUCAGUCAAGUUAAAGGCUGCAAGUAUGCAAUCCCCUCCUUAUCUAUGGUUAAAACAAGGGCUAGCGCCUUAUUUUUUUUUUCCACUUAUCCUCUUAUUCCUCUUGUAAGAUUUGAAGUUUGAAUGAUAGAAAGUCAAAAACUUCAAAAGAAUAUUAAAGAAGAAUCACUUUCUAAUGUUCAACUGAAACAAACAAAGCACAUUGAGAAGAAAAAUGUGUGCUUUGCAUCAACUGUCAUUCAUAGUAACAUUUGAUGCUUAAUGAUGCAUCGUCCAAUUAGUGUCCAGUAGCAACAAACUUUAUCCAAUGUACAAAAUGCAUGCCAUGAGGAAUACAUUUCUAUCACAGGUUUUGAUACUCA